AUGCAGGAGCACAUCCGACGUGCGCACCCGAACCACUACAUCCCCAAGCUCCCGGCGACGGAAGAGAGCUUCCUGCUGAUGGUCAACACCCCGCCCGAACAACGUGCGCAUUUGUCCCCUCCAGAACCCACUCGGCCUCGGCGCCCUCAUGGUCACGAUAUGGCGGAUAGGGACAUCUACGUCGCUGACGCCAGUUCCCCGGCCACCCCUCGAGCUCUCGACGAACCUCACCCGGCCGCAGCGACCGCGGCCGUUGCGCUUGCACAACUGCACCACCACCGCCUAGCCUCCGAUUGGGAUACAGACAUGCGACGAGAUAAACUGACCCGCCCGCGCAAGUCAUCCAUCACCCAGUCGGCUCGAAAGGCCAAGCAUGAGCGGCCAAAAUCGAAGGAAUUUGGUCGGCGCCCGAGUCUCAGCGACCGCAAGGCUCUUUCGGCAGAGCCGCAGACAGCCGCGUGGGCGCAAGGUAAGCGGUGGGAGGAUCUAAUUGAAGCAGCCACGUCGGCUACGGAAGCUGAUGACGAACCCUAUUCAGAGGCCGGCCGGUCCCCAACAAUCGCCCCACUGCUCGCAAAUGUGACAUCUGCGCCCUCUGGAUCCAAGAAUCGUUCUUCGCUACCUCCAGCCUUCCAAUCGGGAUCGGGACUCCCGCCAUUGUCCUCGCAUCGGCCAUUCCCACCCCAUUCAUACACUGCAUCACCAUUGCACAAGUCACUCACCCCUCCACCAUUCGAAACCCUUCGCAGUCGCGACAGCGACCUCGAGCCAUUCCCAUCAAUCGAAUCGUCUCUAGAUUCCAUGUCCUCCCGCAUCAGGAAAGAACUUUCCCUCUACGACAUCCGGCUUCGCGCGCUCCAUCAACUCCGACUCCAGCCCCGUCCUCAACCUCAUCCCGCCAAUCUCCCAACGUCAGCACCACCGCUUCUCAAACCCCACCCCCGCUUCUUUCCGCAAUAA